AUGCCAGACGUAACAAAAGAAAAUUUCUACAAUAGAUGGAGGGUAGUAGAACGAAAUUACAAGAAAUAUAUAGAUAACCAAAAUUCUACUGCCAGAGGAAGAAAAUAUUUCGAAUACGUCGAAGAGAUGAAAAAUAUUUUUGGGGGAAAAAGAUCGGUUCAUCCAGAAAUAAUAUUAUCCAAUGAACAAAUCGAACAACUGAAUCCAAAGCAAAUUAACAAUUUAGAAAAUGGGAAUAGUACUGCAAAUACUUCAGGUAAGAGCGAUUCUAAAGGUUCCAUUUCUGUUGCAACAAAAACCAGGCAUCCUACCAGAAAAAGAGAAAGUAAUUUGGAACUUGUAAGAGACGAUAGAAAGCAAUAUUAUUCCGAAAAACCAAUAAUUGGGAGAGAAAAAUUAGUAGAAUUGCAAAGAAAAAAUUACUUAAUUAAAGGAAGAAAUACUAUUUUAAAAGAAAAUAAUUGCAAGUGUUGUAGUGAUCAUUCUAAGAUUAGUGUUUUUGAAUUUAUAUUUUUAUUUAUUACUCAUUUUGUUAAGAGAAUAUAG